AUGUCUUGUUCUUCUGUCGUUCCUGCUGCAAAUCAAGGGCAAAUGACACCAGCAAGUGACGAACGAAUCACCUUAGUAGUGGAAAAUACUCGCAUUGUUGUUGAUCCUGCUUUGUUUGCAGCAUAUCCGGAUACAAUGCUGGGAAGAAUGUUUGGCUCUUCUUUGGAAAAUAACUUUACUAGACCAAAUGAAAGAGGUGAGUUUGAGGUAGCUGAAGGUAUGUCUGCCACCGUGUUUCGAGCUAUACUGGAGUAUUACAAAACUGGAAUGAUUCGUUGUCCUCCAACAGUCUCUGUUCCUGAAUUGAGAGAUGCUUGUGAUUAUUUGCUGAUUCCAUUUGAUGCCAAUACAAUAAAAUGUCACAAUUUGAGAGGUUUUCUUCAUGAGCUAUCAAACGAAGGAGCUAGGAAGCAGUUUGAAAAUUUCCUGGAGGAGUUAAUACUGCCGAUGAUGGUUGCAUCUGCUCAGAGGGGAGAUCGAGAGUGCCAAAUAGUAGUUUUGUUGGAUGAUGAUGUUGUAGAUUGGGAUGAAGAUUACCCACCACAAACUGGUGAGGAGCACUCUCAGAUCAUAUAUAGCACAGAAAUGUACCGUUUCUUCAAGUACAUCGAGAAUCGAGAUGUUGCGAAGAAGGUUUUGAAAGAGAGAGGUCUUAAGAAAAUCCGCCUGGGUAUUGAGGGCUUCCCCACCUACAAAGAAAAAGUGAAGAAUCGACCUGGUGGAAGAGCAGAGGUAAUUUACAAUUAUGUUCAGAGGCCGUUCAUUCGGAUGUCUUGGGAAAAGGAGGAAGCGAAAAGUCGCCAUGUCGACUUUCAGUGUGUUAGAAGUAAGUCUAUCACCAACUUGGCAGCUGAUGGUAUUGAAGCUUCAGCCCCAGCUAAUAAUGCUGCUGCUAUUGAGGGGGCUGCUGGAGAUGCAUAUUACGAAGAUCAUGUAAUAUUGCCACCUCAUCCAUCCCCAAGGGAACCGUAUCCAGAAGUUCAUUUGCCUCCCGAUGAAGGUGUUUAAGUUCAUUCGUAUUAAUAAUUUACUUUCCGAUGGCUUGUUUGUUUACACAUUUAACGUACAGAUGGUUAAUUUUUUCCAAAAAUGCAGAUGGGUCUGGGCACAUCCAUCUUUUUGUUUUUAAUUCAACUAAUUUAUGAAUUUUAAUACAUUGUAAAAUUUUACGGAUAUGUGUUUGUGUGUUGGGAAAAUACAGGAAAGAAAAGAAAAAAAGAUAUAUUAAAACUGCAAUUUUGGUUAAUAGCUGAAUUGUAAUUUAAAAUUGUGGCUGCAUCUGGGAUUGAACAAAGCAUGCCAUUGUAUAAGUGCUAAUUUGCAGAAACUAUAAGAAUAAUUUGAUAAAGAAAAGGAUUUCAAGAAGCCAGGACAAGCUAAAAUAUUUAUUGGAAAGAAAGUCGAAUUUAUAUUAAAGAGUUCAGUUAUUGGUUUAUCUUGUUAUUUUGUAAACAAAAAUAGUUGUUUACUUUUCUCAGUUUAAUAGUACUCCCAAUGACCGAUUGAAAAACAUAGCUUGGCGUGAAAACCAGAUAAUAAGAAAAGAUUGAAUGUGACUGUUGCUGAUGAAUGAAAGGAAUUUUAGAUU